AUGGUAGCUUCACCACAGACUUAUCGCGAAGGUAGAGAGGAAUACUCCAACAAAGCGGACUACGACGGCGGUUCGUCAAUCCUCAGUACUAGAGACUCCUUCUUCACUCCCUCCACGUCCUCUUCUCGCACCUCAGCUGCGCGCUCAGGCGCGUCCUCAGCAAGCAAUUACCGCUUCGAGCACAACCGUCGAUAUCAUGCCUACCGUGAUGGCCACUAUUUGGUACCCAAUGACCAGCAGGAACAAGACCGAAUGGAUGUGGUUCACCAGAUGAUGUACUUACUACUAGACAAUGAGCUCCAUCUUUCACCGUUGAAGGAACCGAGGAGGAUCUUAGAUGUGGGUACGGGAACAGGUAUUUGGGCAAUUGAGAUGGCAUUCAAGUACCCAAAUGCUAGAGUUAUCGGGAACGACCUGUCACCAAUCCAAGUCUCACCGCCCCCAAAUUGCAGCUUCGAUGUUGAAGACGCAGAGUCGGAUUGGUUAUACCCUACCAACAAUUUUGACUUCAUCCAUACUAGACAGCUACUCGGAGGAAUAACGAAUUGGCCGAGAUUUUUUCAGCAAGCAUAUGACCAUAUCCGCCCGGGUGGUUGGCUUGAACUACAGGAGACACCGGCCAACCCCUUUACCGACACUGCCACCCCACCUCCCUCAGACCUCCCAAUCUUCCGAGUGCUCUCCCUUCUGAAAUUGGCGUCACUGAAUGCUGGACGUGCGUUCUCCGACGAGUCAUUCAAGUCACAGAUGGAGGAAGCAGGAUUCGUGGAUGUUCAGGAAACGCGCUUCCGGAUACCCUUAGGUCCGUGGGAAAGAGAUAGCAGGGGAAAGGAGGUUGGGAGGUAUAAUAUGAUCAAUUUUAUGGAAGGCCUAGAGGGAUAUUCUUUGGCGCUCUUCACAAGGGUUUUGGGAAUGGAAGUUGAGAAGGUACGGGAGUUGAUAGAAGGCGCAAAAAGAGAUGGGAUGAAUAGGAAACUGAGGAUAUAUUUUUGGCUGGUCGUUGUACGAGGGCGAAAACCAGAGGCGCCUCCUGCAUCUACAUGA